GUAGCUGUCGGCGAUAUGACUGUACCUGCCUCGACGACACUUGCGUUCAACAUGGCAACAGGUGCAACACUCACCAUUUUUGGCACCAUCAAGUUCGCUUAUGCCAAGAGCAAAGGACCCCAAGUGCUCAUCAGUGGUCAGAAUGUCAAGGUGGGCGGUAAUGGCGUUAUUGAUGGUGGCGGCCAGCAGUACUGGGCCAACAAGAAGGACGACGGCACCAAGCCGGACUGCCUCUGGCUGCAUGACCUCCACAACUCGGAAGUUCGAGAUAUCACAAUCAAGAACACUCCUAUUCAGGCUGUCAGCAUCCUUGCUCGCUACCUGAAUAUCAUCAAUGUCAAGGUUGACAACUCAGCUGGUGAGCAGUUCGGCGCUCAAAACACAGACGCCUUCGACAUUGGCAGGUCUGAACACAUCAAUAUCAUUGGAGGCAAGAUCACAACACAAGACGAUGCUGUUGUGGUCAAUGAUGGAAAGCACAUCUCCAUCACUGGAGUCGUGGCACAAGGCACCCAUGGCUUUUCCAUCAGUGUCUCCCGAGGGACUGUGGAGAACGUCACGGUUCAUGACUGUACUGUCAAUGGUGGGAUGUAUGGCGUGCGCCUAAAGACAUCAAAAUUUGGCGGCGCAGGAUCCGUGAAAGGCGUCUUGUGGCAAAAUAAUCGGUUCCACGACAUCAAGGUAGCGGCUGUCGCUAUCUUGCAAAAUUAUUAUGACGGAAGAGCCUCUGGGACUCCUGGUAACGGCGUGACAAUC